AGCUGUGUGAAGUCCUCCGACAAAAGGAAUUUAUUAUUUUUCGACAGAGCAGGUCAGAAACUACGAUUGGUCUAUGGAGCCUAAAUUGGUUUUUCUAUAGAAAUUGACAAGGACCGGUUAUUUUCACUGGGGGCGAGCGAAGCUGAGCCUACUGUAUGUAUCAAUGAGUGCUGUGCCGUUGGAUCCUGGAAUCUCUCCCUCUCUAUUGCACCAGGGCAGACAUCUGAUGCUAUCUGCUCUCAUCUGUGGAAGAAACACCAAGCCAGCUCGCACACAAAGAGAAUCUUGUUACACACUGACCAUGGUGGACGGAAUGUGUUUUUCUCUUAAGUCGUAAAAGUGCUUCUUCUUGAGUUCGUAUCUACAUAAAAUGUCAAAGGACGCUGCUCAUUUCAAAUAUUCCUUGAAUGUGUGUGCCCCGGGGAAAAUGGGAGAAUCCCGAAAACAAAACUGGGAGGAUCCCAUAGGAUCGGUGACCGUACCCUUGUACAAUCGGAUGAACUUCUCGACGGUGCCACGAAAGGGCGCCCAUAGAAAGGCGUGGUACCUCGUACAACAGACAUAUGCCUCACAGAACCAGGCCAACUCCAGGAUGGAGGAGUCCAUGACCCCUGACCUCUUCCACUCCCACAACCACCCGGAGAGGAUGAUCCGGAAGAUGGAACAGUACGUGGAGAAGAGGCAGCUCUGUGAUGUCACCCUCAUCGUUGGCAGCAAGCGGAUCCCCGCCCACAGGCUGGUCCUCAGUGCCGCCUCCGACUACUUCGCAGCGAUGUUCAUGAACGAUGUAAAGGAGGCAUCCAUGGAAGAAAUCCGGAUGAAGGACGUGGAUCCGGAUGCCAUGGUAGCCAUCGUCAACUAUGCUUACACAGGUAAGAUCUCCCUACAAGAGGACACAGUGGAGAACCUGCUAUCCACAGCCUGUCUCCUACAGCUAUCCGAGGUGGUGGAGGCGUGCUGUAGCUUCCUCAUGAAGCAGCUCCACCCCUCCAACUGUAUCGGUAUCCGCCAGUUUGCCGACGCUCAGGGAUGCUCCAACUUGUACAAAGUCGCCAACACAUAUCUCAUGGAUAAUUUUGUUCAAGUAAUGCACAAUCAGGAAUUUUUGAUACUGCCUGCAGAGGAAGUAUGUCGUCUGCUCGCCAGUGAUGACCUCAAUGUACCAGAUGAAGAAACUAUUUUCCAAGCCUUGGUGAUGUGGGCGAAACAUGAUCUGUCUAACAGAAAGAAAUAUUUAGCCAAACUACUUUCCCACAUCAAACUGCCUCUAAUGUCCCCACAGUUUAUUGCUGAUCAUGUUGAAACCAAUGCCCUAUUUCGUGAAGAGAAGGAAUGUCAAGCUCUGAUCAUGGAGGCCUUGAAGUAUCACCUGUUACCAGAGCGCCGGUCCUCCUUCCAGAGUCCCCGCACGAAGCCCAGAAAGUCCACGGUGGGGCUCAUGUAUGCUGUGGGUGGCAUUGAUUGCAACAAAGGGGCCACAACUAUAGAGAAAUAUGACCUGCGCACAAAUUCAUGGACCCAAGUGGCAAACAUGAGUGGGCGACGUCUUCAGUUUGGUGUGGCCGUCAUUGAAGACAAACUCUACAUCGUGGGUGGGAGAGACGGACUCAAAACACUGAACACGGUGGAGUGCUUUGAUCCAAAGAAAAAGUCUUGGAAUCUCAUGCCCCCCAUGUCCACCCACAGGCACGGACUGGGGGUGGGGGUCCUGGAGGGACCGAUGUAUGCAGUCGGAGGACACGACGGCUGGUCUUACCUGAACACAGUGGAGCGAUGGGACCCCCAGGCCAGGCAGUGGAGCUUUGUUGCCCCAAUGUCCACCUCAAGGAGCACUGUCGGAGUUGCUGUGCUGAUGGGAAAACUUUAUGCAGUGGGAGGAAGGGAUGGCAGCUCUUGUUUAAAGACAGUGGAGUGUUUUGACCCCCACACAAACAAAUGGCUACACUGCAGUCCCAUGUCAAAGAGGAGGGGAGGAGUUGGUGUGGCCACAUGUAAUGGUUUCCUGUAUGCAGUUGGGGGUCAUGAGGCACCUGCUUCAAACCCAUCAUGCUGCAGAUUUGACUGUGCCGAAAGGUAUGACCCAAAAACGGACCAGUGGACCAUGAUUGCCAACAUCAGUUCCCCCAGGGAUGCAGUGGGGGUGUGUAUUCUGGGGGAGAGAGUGUUUGCUGUUGGCGGAUAUGAUGGUCAGCAUUACCUCCAAGACGUGGAGUCAUAUGACCCAGUCACAAAUGAAUGGUCCAAGAUGGCAACCCUAUGCACUGGCCGAGCAGGGGCAUGUGUGGUCCAUGUUCCAAACAGUUGACAUAAAAGGAAAUGGUCGCUAGCCUCCUUGAGGAAGUGGCCAUCGGGAUUUUUCCGCCGCAAAAACAAAAAUCAGGACCGACAUAUGAUUGUGUGAAGGGUUUCAGAGAAACUGAUCAAUCUGGUAUAGCAUCACUUGGUGCCACAGUCCACAUAUCAACCAGGUGCUAGUAGACUGGCCAAGUCUUUCCAGUAAAUGCCAUAGAAGUCAAUGCAACCGAUAGCAUUUGACUGUGAACCAAAUUGUCUCUUUACAAACUGUGAUAGUAACAUAAACAAAAAAAGCCUUUUAUACGGAAGAUCUUUGACCUUAAAAAGCAGCUUUUGUUCUCCAUUCGUACGAGAAAUCAUGUCUUAAAAAAAAAAUUGUGUAAAAUAUACAUUACAUGUACAAAUUACUGAUUAAGUAUUGUACAUUACUGUAUAUUAACAGAGAUUGUCAAUUAUUUCAGUGCUAAUGUUUGUGUAAAUAUCAUUAAUGUCUCCAAAUGUACAGUUCAUUUUUUAAUUCGAUAUUUUCUGUUGAGAUGGGUAGUUCCGUUAGUUGUUUUGGGUGUAUAUAUAUGUAUGAAAUGUUUUGUGUGUUUGAUUCUUGUGAAGUAUUACUCUCUAUGAGAUGGUGUUAAUGUUUCGUGCAAUAAGCUUUCCUGUAUCCUUAAAAAAGUGCACAGCUGGCCUCAUUGUUUGGUUGUCUCGAAUUGUUUAAGUUAGUUUCCUAUAGAAAAGAAACAAAGCCUCUAAUGAUUGGUUGUAAGGUGUACUUUUAAAAAGUAAAACACAUUCUGAUUGGUUGUAAAGUAUUAAUCACAUACCAAUAACUCUUAAUAUUUUAUAUAACCUAAUGCUUCAUUGGAUACACCGCAUGGAAAACAGGACUGUGUAUGCUUGCAGUGAGAUCUUUAAUUUUUGCAAGAGUUAAUUUUCUUGAUUAAAGAAAGAUUUGAGGAUUUUUGGCAUUUACAAUUUGUUACUCGGUUUAAGUCAGGAAAAAAGUUAACGUAUUAAAGCCCUGAAUAAUAUGCCAUGUUUUAUGGUUUAUGGAGGAGGAAAAUGAAUCCCAAAGGAAUAUUUUUGAUUUCACAGCAUUUACCAGGUGGAUAUUAGCAGAAAGCAAAGGGCAUUAUUAAUGAGCUUUAUCCUUUAAAUCUAAUUAAUUUCUGUACAGUUCUAAAUGUUGUGUGUAUUAGAGAAAGUACUAGUAUGCUUUGUACUAUUUAGUAGUUGCCCAACUGCUUGCCCUGCAUACCUAGUACAUGUAUUGAGUGUUUUGUUGGUGGGUUUUUUUUCAAAUAUGACCUUGCAUGUGAAUCAGGUUUUUUUUAUAUUUUGUAGAACAUGUUCAUCAGUUUGUUAGAGAUGUUACACAUUUUUUGUAAGUAAUUAUGGACCAAUCAUAACACUCAUUAGGCAUUUUUUGUAAAUAACAUUAUUCUUAUUGCUCACACCAUACCAAAACAUUUCUACAUCGAAAACCUGUCUUCCGUAUCUCUCUCACUCUCCAUCAUACAGUUCAAUUUUUAAAGUGCUAGUCAAGAUACAAACCAGGAACAUUUACUUUUGAAUCAAUGAAAGCAGUUAUCAUAUGGAGAAACUCCAGAAGUAAUUGUUACAUUGAUUCAUAUAAAUCAUGAAAAAAAAAAAUCUUUCACUAAGGAAACAAAGUGUUUGUUGAUUUUUGGUGAAUAAUCACGUUAUCUUCAAUGUGCUGUGUAAAUAUUGUCAAUCACUGAUCUUUCUUUUUUUUAUUGAUAACCAUAUUUUGUACACUCUGAAAAAAAAAUAAACUUGAAAAACAAAACUAUGAA